AUGAGGAGCUUGAGCAUAGCUUUAAGCAAGGAGAGUGAACCGAACUUUUCGGCAGAAAAGUUGGCCAUGUACCUACGAAUCGGUGAAAUAUUUGUGUCCCUUCGAUUGAAUUAUUAUGGCUCUAACUUUCCAGAUAUGCUAGAGGCAUGUUCCUUUUUAACAGCAGUGAAGUUGUUCCUAGGAACUGAUGUAAAGGAUGCAUUUGUUUGUCCUCAGGUACCGGUAUUUGUUGUUAAUCGCCAGGGAUUUUCUGAACAGUGUCAAAAUGGACCAUGUGCAGAUUCAAAUGUGAAGCAAUCGAGUCGUUACAGAGAUGCAGGUAACGGUUUUUUCAGUUUAGGUGACUAUUCGAGGUCACUCGAACUUUAUAACAAAGCCUUAAACCUGAAUCAAGGAGAUGCAAAGUUAUUAACAAACAGAGUCGUCGCGCAAGUCAAGCUUUCUAAACAGAAAGCACAGAGUCAACCUUUAAAAGAGCAACAGAACAUUCUUCAACGUGCUCUCCAAGAUUCUAUUAGCGCGAUAUCUGCAGAUCCUUCUUGGGUAAAGGGAUACUACUGGAAGGCUGUUUGUCUUGCUGAACUUGGGCAGAGAGGUGCAUCACUUGCUGCAACUGCAGUUGCUGAAUGCCUGUUUCCACUACAAUGGGCCCAAAUACCUGCUGUUGUCGAGCAUUUUGGAUGCUACAUUGUAAAAGAAGUAUCUACUCCUGAAGAUCUCGUGCGCGCCGUAGAGAUACGUGAAAACAGUCUCGUAAUUGUCCUUCGCGGUGGAAAAUAUGAUUUAACUCAGCCUUUGAAGGUUCCAUCAAAUGCAGUGAUAGUUGGCCUUGGUAAGGUCGAAAUCACAUGCUCCAAAGGCGUUCCACUUUUCCUGGAUAAAACCGUUUUCAUUGACAACAUUGAACUCACACCCUCCGCGGAGUUCAUCAGAAUGAACAAAGAGGAAGCUAAAAAGUGCGUCGAUCGAGGACAGUUAGACAAGGCGUUGUCCCUGUAUAGUAAGAUAUUGGCCACAUGUCCAGAAAACACACAGCUUCUUACAGCUAGGUCUUCGACUUACUUGAAAGCAGCGAAAGAAAAGAGCAACAAGUGUGAGCGGGAAUCUUUACUACAGUUUGGUCUGGAAGACACCAAAUCCACUAUCAGAGCUGACCCUUCUUGGUUACUUGGCUACUCCACCAGAGCUGCGAUUAUGACAGAAUUAGGGAGGAAACACGAAGCCUUGGCCUCUGCUGCUGUGUUUAACCACCUGAGCUCUGGUCGGGAUAUUUCGUCAGUCAUUCAAAGCUAUGGAAAGCUACAAAUCCAUGUUAUUGAAAGCUCAGAUGAAUUGAGCACUGUUCUUGGAGAAAUAGAGGAGCCUGAAGGAGUAAAUCAAAUUGUUUUAAUGAAAGAAGGAGAGUACAUAUUUGAAAACAGCGUUGAGAUCAAUCCAGCAAUCGUUGUUGUUGGUCUAGGUAGAGUAACUGUUUCGUGCAAGACUGGCGCACCUUUUAACUUUAGGAAGGAACAUUUUGUUGAGAAUGUGGAACUUCAGGAAGGUUGUGGUGAUGAGCCAGAAUCGCUACUCAGUGGGUUUAAGGCCUGGGUCAAAAGUUUGUUCGGAGCACAUGAUUGAAUGAAAAGAUCUCUCGCUGGAAGACCUAGAACGAUAUGAAAUUUUCCUCGAAAGUAAAUCUUGAGGUCUUCUUGCGCCUUUUGUUUGGAUAAAUAAAUUGGCUUUUCUCAUAGAAGAUAAACAUACCUAACUUGCUACGUUUGGAAUGAGUGUACAUGAAGUCUAAAGUUAAAGUUUUAAAUAAUUCAACGGUUAAAUCAGGGUAUUGAAAAUGAGGGUAUCAGGGUAUUGAAAAUGAUGUUUUCCUUCAUGCUUUUAUACUGAUGGACAGUCGUUCCACAGUGUUAGAGAUAAUUAAUAUGAAUGAGAAAAACUGUUGUCGCUCGAUUUCUUUUCUUAAACCCGCCACCAAUUUAAGAUUUUUAGCAAAAUGGUCACGUGACAUAUCACGUGACUCAUUAACACGAUAUUUAUACGGACGAUGAGUUUGAUUGAGCACCGUAAUCUGUGCCCAACUUAUUGCCAAUAAAGCAUUCUCUAAAGGAAAACCUAUUAGACCCAGGCCUAAAACUAGUAAAGACUACGAGUUCAACAAGUAGUUUUGGUCAGGUUUUGGCCGUGCUCUCACGGUAUGACGCCUCCAAAGUCGACAGCGAACUCGUGCAAGGUUCACUAAACUCGUGAACUAAAACAGAGAAUUGAACUCAAAACAGUUACGUGUCAUAAAAACAAUGUAGCCAGGUAAACAACCAAAAACGGGCUGCUUAAUACGCCAACGUAAUGCCACACAGAUGUAUUUCGGCUGACAAGCUGAUGUAUUUAGUUAGAGAAACGUAUAACUCCCCUUGUAAUUAAAGGCAAAAUUUCUUGAGGCUUCCAUCUGUCGCAGUAUAUUUUGGGUGACAAACUAAAACUCCCCCAUCCCCUAACUCCGUGAUGUAACGGAAAAAAGACAGUCGAAGGCAUGUGGCUCAUUUUACUGAAAAGAUUUUAACAAGAGGUUAUGAUUCAAAAUCGUUUCCGAACAAUCGAAGGCAAACGUUGUUGAGGUGGUAUUUAUAACGCUUCCUCUUGUACGUAGAAGGAUUUGGCUGGGAACACUUUCCAGCUGAGGUCACCGCCAAACGUUUUCCGUGAUUCUCGCGCGAUGCCUUAUAAUAAGGACCAUUGCUAACAUAAAAGUGAUUCUCACUGAAUAGAGCAUAAUAUCAUAGGUGACGAAUUACUCCUGAGGGCCUCCCAGGUUGGGGGGGGGGGGUGCAUGUUGCCUUGUUCCCUAUAAAUAUUACCGUUGUUCCCUUGUUUCCCAAAAAUAAAUUAAAGUGUUCACGUUUACUGAGUUCCCAUGUUCCCAGAAAUUGUGCUCCAAGUUUCCUUGAUCCACUAAAAUAUUCCUCAGUGCUCCCCACAAUUUCUCUCACAUUUCAUUUUAAUUUUCGCCUGUUAGAAAGGGGCUACCUUGCCAUUAUUUUAAGAAAGUGCCUCUCUGAGAGAAAAUUUGCCAACGGGAAAACAACCCUACAACAGAGAAACAAAUCCGCACGUAAAAAAACUUCUACCUUUUGUUACACAAUACCACCCGGCUUUACCUAGCCUGCAGAGAAUGCGGAUGGAGAAGUGGCACCUUAUGCAAAACCAGCAAAGGCUAAGAGAAAUCUUUAAGAAGUCUACCCACCCUUAUCUCAAGGGAAAAUCUCUUAAGGACCUAUUAGUUAGCUUAUAUAACGAAGUUCUGAAGGUCAUACAACUUCCAGUACGGGUAAGGGCAGGAGUCGUGAAAUGCCCCUCGUUGACCCCCGCCCCCACCCCCUCCCUGCUUAUUUUGAACGAUAUUUUCCCCAGUUCUUCUGCGAAGAACACAAUAUAUGAUUUAUCACCAGGGCCCGAAAAGUGAGAGAAAUUGUGGGGAAAUGGCACUUUAUACAAAACCAGCAACGGCUAAGAGAAAUCUUUAAGAAGCCUCCCCACCCUUAUAAUACCUUAUACCUUAUAACAGGGACCAUUGCUAACAUAAAAGUGAAUUCUCACUGAAAAGCCUUCAUAACAGAAUAAGCAGUUCAGAAAUGUGUAGAUAUUAUUUACAUUUACAUUACAGAAAACAAGGAACAUUAUUGGCUAGAACAUGGAGGCCCUAGCUAGCCGUGAACAAUGUCGUUUUUUCCCGAAAACUGUACAGCGCUAUAUUAAAGGUUUUUGAGUUUUUGACUUUUGAUGAAUGCUAUCUUUUGAACUUGUAGAAGCCGUAGGGUAGGCUCCUUUCAGAGAAAACAGCUGCGAAAAGAGAAAAAAGCGCAAUGUGUCGGUACAGAAAUAAUGACCCGAAUUUCUUUUCUAAAAACCUUCCUGUACUGUGACAGAUUUUUACCCUGACAUUUGACUGCAGAUAUGCAACUACUCUAUGGAAGAAUGUUUUUCGUUCUAAAGUUGUUGCCAGGAAUUUGAAAUUAUCAGGCCGACCUUUAAGGCUAGCUGACCCCUACAUUAAUUAUAGUCCAACCCCUCCAUGUGCCACUACCUCUUACCAUCAUCAACCUAUCCAAAACCCUACAAUUUCAACGCUUCAUUCUUUUGUUUGGGUGCGGAGUUCAAUGUAGGCUGGGUUGCGUUUACUUAUGGCGUUAACUCCGCACUGAAUCGAGUAAAUACAGUAUAUCAAUACAACAGAAACCCGAAGUUCACGUAUGAUAUUUUUACAAAACAAAGCUUGUAACCUGUGAAACAUUCAUGGAGUACAUUGUUUCUCAAUCGUUUUUCUCUAAUUGCCUUUCAUGGAAACUGAUGAUUUUGGAGAGUUAAAGCGCAAUAUUGUUGUAAAGAGAGAUUUGACUGCAUCUUCUCUCUCGGUAUUGCUCGCUUUGUACCGUCUGCAUUUCAAUGACAGAACGCAAAUAAAACUUGGCCAGUAGCUAUCCAUAUCGACCUCACGCUUGGUCAACAACGCGUGUACCUCAAAUCAGCUUUAUCAUUUCCGCUUUCGAUUUCGAUAGAGUUAUAGAUUUGCUGCAAGGGAAGCCAUCAUUUCAGUCUGAAUUAUCUCCACCAAGUGCAACAAGUCUAUGAUCAAGUAAGGUAAGAUUUAAAGAUAAGAAAUCCUACUUUAAACUACAUAUCGAAAUGUCGCGAAAUAGGUAGUUUGUCCGUCUGAGCAGUUAAAGCAGCCGCGUUACUGCUUCGCGGAAACGUUUGAUUUAUUCUUUGGAGCCAGGGCGUACUGUGACAUAGCACAGACGAAUGAAUGUUUUUCACCUGAAUUCGUCGAUUUUUGUGAAGAAAAAAAAAGACAUACUCGUUUAGUAAACAGUGAUUGUAAGGUUUACUUCAAUUUCUAAGAGUUUUACCCUCAAAACCAAAAGAUUUAGCAUUCGAUGGGAAAUGGAAGGCAAAGCUGAAAUAUUAAAUUUACAUUCAUUAUUCUCCGGUCUCGAUAACCGGCUGUUGUGUUAUUAAGACUAUCAUUUUUCUGUUUUGGCCAUACUUUGUGAAGUAUGUCGCACACGCAAUGCUGGUCAUGAUCCGGUGUAAUAACUACGCUCUGGAAGCAAAAUUCAUUAGAGAGAGUCAUGCUUAAUAAUCACGAAAUUAUUCAGAGUUUUCAAGAGUUUAGCAUAUUUUGAUACCUUAGGGUGAGAACUAGUAAAUUUCCUCUGUUCUUUUUCCAAGGUUAUUUUCUUUGUUUUAACCAAGGAUAAACCUGGAUUUAGUCUCAAUACUGGUUAACUAGUACAACAUUGAGUUUAAAAGUUGAGUUUAAUACUAAAUUAUUUGCACAAAUGUCUAUUAACCCUUGUAUUUGUAUUUACACACUUCCAAAUUCCAAUUAGAUCUGGAACGCACGGACACGUUUAAACGAGUUCAUAUGAACUCUUGUGCUUCGUGGGUAAAAAAGCAAUUUUGUUUACAAUUUUUAAUUUUUUCUACACGAUUACAAUCACAAAAAAAUGCCAAAAAAAUGUAAGAAAACAUGGCGAGGAAGCCUAAAGGAAACUAUAAACCUUAUUUUAAUCAGGCCUCCUCAAUUACAAUUUUUCGAAGAUGGCAUAAAAAUUACGGCGACGGAUACAAAAUAAUAUCAGAUGGAACAUUAAAAAUAGCAAUCAAUAUUACGGAAGUUUACAAAUGUUGAAUAUUUGAGUCCUAAAAAUGACUCGAAAUGACAAACAUCAAUUUUCUCCUUACAUUAUCAAAACACAAUCAAGAGAAAAGGUUGUUAGAAUUAUAAAUGUAUGAAUUUUUGGUCUUUUCGCUGCAGAUCCCUGGUUAGGGAAUGUCGCAAACGGCCUGGAAAGGGACAUAUUUGUAAUUACCAAGGUACAAAGAACUAGGCACAUAGCCUCAACUGUAGCGCCAGCUUUUUUAUUUAGUUCUAAGACGUACAGUUUCUCAGUUUACCUCGAAAUCAGUAUCAUAAUGGCAUCUGGCGGUUGGGUAGCACAGCUUGAUAAGAAAGAACACAAAAACUGGGUGAUGGUUGGUUGUGCCCUGAAUAUUGCCAAAAAAGGAAUUACAUCAAAAAUUCAAAACAAAAUGGAAACUUGGUACCAGACCCUUAUUUCCAGUCCUCCGCUUCAGUCCCUUCCAUCGUGCGCUUGCGCACCUUCAGCACCAAAAUGCGCCACUUGUGUCACCUGGGAAAAGGAACUGAAACGUCACCACACAUCCGGGCGACCGAAGAUUUGCUGGGACAACAGUGACCGCACACAGUGGGGAUCUCCGACUGGUGCAUGGGAGAUAGCUAAAGUCUUUAUGCCAACUCUUGGAGGUCGUAAAAAAGAUGUGGUCGAUGCCGAAACUACGGACAUUGGUGGUCUUCUUAACCUGCUUGAAUGGUGUCCUUUUAUUAAUCCUCCUACUAGUCGAACAGUUUUGAUGUCGGCAAGAGAUGAGUGUAGGAAUCAUUGGGCGCACGCUCCGAAACAGGAAAUUCAAGAUGCCGAUCUUUCAACCAUAUUUGGUCAUCUUAAUAAUCUGCUCAAUGACGCAGUGUUCAGUUCUGACAAAGACGCCCAGCAAUCGUCGAAAGACUUGCAAGAUUUGUUUCAUAAGGGUCUGGUAAACGUCAGGGAGUCUGAAAUAGAGGCUCUUUACUUGCUUCGCCAAUCACUUGUGGCUGAUCUGACAAAAUGCCAAGAUGACGUGUCUGAUGCUCAGAGUACAAUUUUGAAAGUAGAAGCAGAGAUGAAAAAGAUGGUUACGCAGAACGAUUUAUGUGACGUGAAGGAAAAAGGGGUUCGAAACAGGGAAGAGAUAAGCAAGUUGGCACAGCAGCUGCAUAAGUUAAAAGACGUGGCACAUAAUUCUAGUGAUAUUCUUAGAGCUGUCGAUGAUUUCAACAGAUUUCUGAGUAAGAGAGAUGACCUGCAAGAAGUCUUCGAAGCUAUCCAAGAUGACUUGGAAAUUUUCAAAACUGUACUGAAUGUAACACAGUCUAAAGUUGCCAACAUUGAAACCAACCUGGCAAGUUUGCAGGAAGAGGUGUCUAUUUUGCAAGAGAAAGUGCUAGUCUUGGAAAAAGGGCAAGCCACACAAAAACCGAAUGACAGUGAUGAUGACGUGUUGUGCACCGCUCCAUGUAGGUUACCACUGUUCACAGGCCGUAAGUCAGCUCUUAAUUGGCUGGAAAAGAGCUUUCUUUCGGAGCGCGUUGAGGCCAAUCCUGGGACUUCCUGUUGCACUAAAACAAUAUGCGGUCUUGGAGGCUGUGGCAAGACAUCUUUGGCUGUAGAAUUCGCUUGGAGGCACAAAAAUCGCUUCCCAGGUGGCUUGUUCUGGAUCAAUGGGGAAAGCGAUGAAAAUAUAAAUAAAUCAGUUGCUGAGAUACUUUCUCUGAGAAACAUUCCUACCUCGACAAAUGACAGCAUCGAUGACACCUUGAACAAAUUUCUUACGUGGUUGUCCAAGAAGAACCUUCCGUGGCUUCUUGUGAUGGACAAUGUGGACGAAUUGCAGGAUGCUAUGUGUCCUGCAAGUGUAAAGAAGAUAUGCAAGGGACCGUGGCAAAGAACUGUUAAAUCACUAAAGAACGGCCACAUACUUUUAACAACAAGGCAAAACGCAAAUGACGCAAAGGCUUUUCUGAGGUACUCAACUGAUGAUUUUUUUGAGUUGCCAUGCUUUAGCGUAGAGGAUGGAGCUUUGUUCUUAAUGAAAAGAACCGGUCUUCAAGGAGAAUCCCUUGACACAGAUGCGAUUAGUUUGACAAAUGAACUAGGUGCAUUGCCUCUAGCUUUAGAGCAGGCAGCAGCAUACAUAAGUGCAAGUCCUAUCCCACUGAGCUUCACUGAAUACCUAGAAAAAUACCAAGCUGUGAAGGUGCGUCUUUUAAAGCAACAGCCUGCUACAGCACUUAGUAUAGAAGCUCAACAUCGCUUGUCAGUUCACACAACCUGGGAGUUAAAUUUCGAGUUUGUUAAGGAACAGUCACCAGCUGCCGCCAAUAUGAUGCGAAUUUCGGCCUUUUUGGAUUCUGAGAAUGUUCCCAUUGACGUUAUUAAUCCCGGUUUUCCUGAACUAGAUCAAGAGGAGCUGCGAGAAUGCGCGCGUUCCACGAUUGACAUUGCUUCAGUCCUAAAGGUACUGUCAAGUUAUUCCCUUUACUCAGUCGAUCGCCAAAACAAAGUCUUCUCUGUCCACAAACUUGUUCAAGAAGUUGUCAGAGCCAGCCUUACGCAAUCACAAAGGGUCGAGGCUUUGGUUGCAGCCACGCGAGUUCUUCACUAUGCAUUACAGACAAAAUAUGCGUCCUUUUCCGAACAAGAAAGAUUCACUAUCAUAGGGCCUGACCUGUCACUCUUUAAGGAAAAUGAACGAAAUGUUCUUAUUGCCCUUGUGCUGAAUUUUCGCAAGCUCAAGAAUCACAUCGAAGAUGAAUUUUACUCAUCAAAGGGAAGUGUGACCUUCUCGCUUUACAAUGAUAAUACCUAUCAAUUGUGCUCGUUAGUGAUCGGCUUGAUAGCUACCAAUAUUUUUUUGAACCGAUUACGAGCUGAUUUCGACGAAUUCAGAUUGAAAGUCGCGAAAAUGUGUCGCAGUCUUGACCCAAAUGAGUUUCUUUGGCAAAUGGUUUCCACAAGUCUUAGUUUAAGACACUGUCAGUGUGAAGAAAAGUACCAAGAAGCAAAAAAGAUGGCACAAGAAGCUGUACAGAAGCUGUCUGAAAUGGAGAAGUCUGGUACUGUUAUAAAUCCAGAUAUUAAAUUCAUUGUUGGUGAGCACAUGGCCUCUUAUUACGCUUUAGAAUACCAGUGGGAGAAACAUUAUAAAGCUUUACUGGAACUCGAAGCUUUACCAUUGAGUGAUGAUAAUUGGAUAACUCUGCAGAUCCUGAUAGGAAGAGCUGAGAAUUACAUAUCGGUGUCCAAUUUUGAAUGCGCAUUGAAGCGUUAUGAGAAAGCUCUCGAGCUUGCUAGGCGCAUUUAUACUCCUGAUCAUCACCAACUUUUACGCGUUCUACAGUUUAUUGCCUUUCAUUGGCAACAAGAAGGUAACCUGCUUGAGGCACGAAAAUAUGCUGAGGAAAUGUUGCCUAUUGCAAAGAAGCAACCACCUACAUCAGAUUUUUAUAUCAGGGGAAUAACGGACGCUCUAUUAAUCUUAUCCCAUUUCGACCCCCGCAGCGCUGAAAAUACUCUUUUUGGAAUAUUUGAAGACAGGUGGCCUGUUCUGUACAAAUGCAUUCAAACCGGUGAGGUUGACGGCCUUAUAGAUACUGAUGAACAUGUAUUUCAUGAGAGCAGCUACAACCACGCUGCCAUGGUUUUAGAAGGUGUAAUCCACUGUUUCCAAAUCUCGAAUUCGAGCGUUAAACACGCCGGAAAAGUUAGAUAUGAUAAAAGUAAGGGAAACUUGUACCGACGUAUUGCAGAACUGGUAGUGUCACUUAAAACGAAAAUGUAUGGAGAGAGUCACCUGGAAGUGUUAACAGCGCGUCGUAAAUUGGCUGAGGUGUACAAGAUUCUUGGAGUUAAAGACGAAGCCUCUGGCAUUCAAGAAAAAGUUGAGCAAUUUUAUGAGGAGCCAGUAAACGACCCAUCGUAUUCAAAACCUCAAAUUGAUAUAAAUGUCCUUGCUGCUAGGAAGUGCAAAGGCAUCGCAAAUGAUUUUUUUAAGAAAAAAAAUUAUUUGAAGGCACUACAAAUCUAUGAGAAGUUGCUAAAUCGAUUUCCAAAUGACGUCAAGCUAUUAACUAACAGAGCGGCGACGUACGUUAAACUUUCAGAACAAAACGCUCGCGAAGCUACAGAAGUUACAGAAAGCCAAAGGAGACUUAUUAAAGAAGCUCUUCGGGACGCAGAGAAAGCAGUAGCUGUGGAUCCUUCUUGGGCUAAGGGUUACUACUGGAAAGCUGUUUGUCUUGCUAAGCUUGGGCAAAGAGGUCCAUCCCUUGCAGCAACUGCAGUUGCGGAACAUAUGUUUCCAUCACAGUGUACUGAUAUACCUGCAGUGAUUAAGCGCUUUGGAGGGUACAGUAAAAAUGUGAUAACUACGGUCGAUGGCCUUUAUCAUGCUGCCAAAAGAGCAGACAGCAACAAUCUUGUGAUUUUACUCAAAGAGGGGAGGUAUGAAUUACCAGAGUCACUCAAAGUUCCAGCGAACGCAGUAAUGGUUGGCAUCGGAAAAGUGCAAAUUAUCUGUUCCAAGAGCGUUCCACUGAAACUCGAUGAAACCGUUUACACUGAGAACAUAGAACUGUUAUCUUCAACUGAUUCAAUCAAACUUUUCAAAGAAAAAGCUAAAGAAAGUCUUAAUCGUGGCCAAUUAGACGAGGCUUUGUCUUUGUACAGCAAGGCAAUAGCCAUAUGUCCAGAAGACGCACCACUCCUUACAGCUAGAGCUUCAACGUACUUUAAAUCUGCUGAGGAAAAGAGGAACAUGUCUGAACGGGUAUCCUUACUUGACCUUGCGUUUAAAGAUUCAGAGUCUUCUAUCAGAGCGGAUCCUUCUUGGUUAUUAGGUUACUCUACCAAGGCAACGAUUUUGGCAGAGUUAGGGAGGAAGCACGAAGCCUUGGCUGCUGCUGCUGUCUUCAAUCACUUGAGUUCUGGUCGGAAUAUUUCUUCAGUCAUUGAACGUUAUGGAGCUCUACAAAUCGAUGUUGUUAAAAACUCAGAUAAAUUGCGUAAUGUUCUUCAAGAAAUCACAGAGCGUGAGGUAUUAAAUCAAAUUGUUCUGUUAAAUGAAGGGGAUUACCAGUUGGAGAAGACCGUUGAGAUGAAACAAGCAAUCGUUGUUGUUGGUUUAGGGAAAGUAACUAUUUCGUGCAAGACUGGAGUACCUUUUCAGUUUAGAAAAGAACACUUUGUCGAAAAUGUGGCACUUCAUAACGGCUGCAGUGAGGAGCCGACAUCGCAUGAGGCUAUUUGUUCGAGAGACGACUCUGGUCAGGAAGAGGUCAUAUCUUUGGACCUACCCUCGGGCUAUGACAACUCCAGCGCCAACGGCGAGUGCAAGGUGAACUAA